AUGACCCUGGAGCGUUAUGUGGCCAUCUGCAUGCCCCUGCGUCAUGAAGAGCUCUGCUCCAUGCGCAGAACUUUGUGCUGCAUCUUCAUCAUACAGGGUCUCAGCACAGUUCCCUGCUUGGCUCUUCUCUUUGCAAUCUUAUCCUCAACACCUCUCAGCUUUUACUUUCAAUACAAGGUAUGUAACAUGCCAAAAAUCACUGUGCAUUAUUGGCAGCAGCAUUUCCACUCAGCUGUGUAUCAGUUUUAUUUCUUGAUCAUGAGUGUCAUCAUUGUAUUCUGCUAUGUAAAGAUAAUGAAAGUAGCCAAAGUGGUAUCAGGAGAUAACAAAGAGUCAACACAGAAAGGUCUAAGAACAGUCAUUUUACAUGCCUUCCAGCUGCUGCUCUGUCUGAUGCAGCUUUGGUUCCCCCUCAUAGAAGCUAAUACCCAUAUUCCUGAUCUUUUAGUACUUGGAAAAGUGAGGUUUUUUAUUUAUGUGUUUUUUAUUCUAGCUCCCAGAUGUCUGAGUCCUCUAAUCUACGGCCUCAGGGAUGAAGCCUUUUUUCGUGCUCUGAAAUGUAAUCUCUUUUGUGGCUUAUACAAGAAAUCACCAGCUUUUAAAUGAUGAAUUCAACUCACAGUUAUCAAUGACUACUUGAGUUGUGGGCUUAAAUAUCCGUGACAUUUUCAUUUUCAUUUCUCUGGUGCUUAAUAUAUAACUGCAAUCAACUUUUUCCUUUCUUGCUGAAAAUGUGUCAAAGUCAGACCAGUAGUGAGUAAGAAAUCAUAAUGGUAGUUCUUUAUUCUUAACAGCUGCUGAUGUUGCUUUGACGAUCAAUAGCUCACCUGGUUUCUUGUUUUAGAAUGAACUGUGAUUGCUUUAAGAGUGACACUGAACGCAUCAUGAUUUUUUCAGAUGACUGACUGUGUUUCUUUUUCAGUCUUAUCUUCAGUUUAAUGUUUACUAAUGCAUGAGUUGACUAUGAAAACAAUGGACAACUUGUAAAUGUUAUUAAUUAAAUGAAUUUUAUAAAAAUAUUUAAGUUGUAAGAGCUUUUUGUCAUUGCUGAGUUUAACUGAAUGCGCACUCUCAUUGAAAGGUUUUAUAACUGCCUCGUUGAUUUAAUACACAAACGAUGAUCACGGAGAACGUCAGUGUUUUUAAACCUAGCCCUGAUUUUCCUGUGUGUUUGUUUCUGCUCGCCUGAUGUGGAGAAUAGUUUCUAAAAUUGAUCAAGUAUUGAGCCGUUCUUUGACUUUUCCAGUGUCUCUACUCACGUAUCCUGUGUUGUCUUCCUGGCGACAGUAAGUGAAGUCUCGCGAGAUGUCAGAACAGUACUCUCCACAAACGUGAUUUGGUUGUACAAAGAUGUUUUUAGCUAGUUCCGCGGUUGCUAACUACAGCACCGCUGUCCUUCAAUCCUCGACCAGCUCCAGAAAUUGUUCACUGUGACAGUCAAAUACACAGAAGCACAUGGAAAAAAAGACAUUUUUAGGAAGUUUAAUUUUUCAAAGUAGAGAUUUUUAAUCAGAGUGUUUAUUAAACCAGUCCCCACAGGUAGCUACGGGAUUAUUCUCCACUUCACGAAAAUGCAACACCAGUUGAUAAGCAAGUCAUCAGAGAGACACUGAUAAAGACAAAAUAUAUUAAAUAAAUAAAAGACUUGGAUUUAAGGAACUGCAGACGUGGUGAGAAAAAAAAACAGUUAUCUGAAUAAAUACUCCUUUCUCUCCUGUCUUAUACAUGACAAUGAAAGCAUUACUUUUCUCCAGAUAUAUUUAUUUUCACACAAACUCAUACAAUUAUCAACACUGUGGUGCAAUGAUGGAUCAAUCUCACUGAAGCCAAAUACCAAAACAGGAGAUGUUAUAGGCCUAUUCACUUUUCAAUGGCUCUAAAGUAGCUGACACUUAGAGAUCAAAUAAAUAGUGAUAAAUAAUUUAAACAUCCAUAAAAAUUAAGUUAUGUAUAUUUCACGUUUUCUCCUUUUAAAUAUGUCUUGCAGGGUAAACCAUCUUAUAUGAUCCAAAAAGAAAAGAGACAGAGAAGAGAGAUAAAAACAGAAAAUGUCUGUUCAUCUCAGUCCUCUCUAAGAUAAACUUCAUGCACCUCAAGCUCCUCACUAUCCCAUCUGAAAGCAGCAUUUUCAGCCAUUUUGGGCAACCUAGAUGUUUGUUCUUGCUGCAAUGGAUGUGUGUUCAGCUCCUGGAUACAUCUGAAAACACAGAUCUUGUCAAAAUACUGCUUGUAAUAGACAAGCAACAUGGCAGCAAGUUGAGUUUGUUUUAAAUCAUGUGUUUCAGCACUUCAUCCAGCCUUAAAACUACAGAUUCACUGCAUCACACAUUUUAUUUACCUGAUUUAUGAGCUGCCUUGGCUGCCACUUGUUUUUUUUUUUUACUUUAAAUAUAAGUAUUUGUUAUGAUCAAAACCAUCAUAACCUUACUUGUAUUAUUUAUUGACAGUGAAAAAAAAGAUAGUCAUUGUAAAAUAUGACCAAAACAGUCAGAAAUCUUGAGUCAUUCAAUGACAUCAAAUGAAAGUUGAAGGUUUUCAGAUACAUACUAUCACAGCUAUGUGAUACCUCUUUCUUAAAACACGGACAGUUAAACAUUUACAAAAGUAUAAUCAGAUACUUUUAAGAUUCUAUUAUUAUAAUAAUAUGUUUUUAUUAAGCAAUGCUAGAAAACUUUAGAAGAAAGUCUGUAAACUUAAACUAUCUGGCCUACACAGGCAUGAGACACUCAAAGUGAAAUUUCAUCAUCCAGGGGAAAAAGUUCUUGGUGUGAUGUCUUGUCUUGUGUAACUUUGAUGCAAUAAUGACCAUAACAAGUUCACUGUCUGUAUUCCUGUGUGACAAAACAAACUCCAGUGAAACCAAUUUAAGCUGCUGUUUAAUGGCUUCAUUAAUUAUGCAAAGACUUCUCUGUUGGUGCAAAACAUCUGAAGACUUAGUUAACACUUCAUCACUGUUUGAAAACUUUAGAUAACACUCAAAAGUUUGAUGAGAGAUUUUUCUCAAUGUUUUGUUUAAAGUAGGAUUUAUCUUUCAAAACCUCAAAAAUCUAAGUCCUCUUACCUCAUCACUACAAUAAGGGAUGCAAGAGGAGAAGAGGAAGAAAAUAGGAAAGUACAAGUUGCUAGAUAGACAACAGGGAAAGUAGAGCCUCUGCCGGCCUUUUUGGGCCAGAGUUGACCCUUACUGGACUCCGGCUGUAUGUUCUAUUUCCCCUUAUUCGCCCACUCCAUUAAGGGAUACAGGGAAGUGAGAGAUAACAACAGAAAAGUAAAAGGUGCAAGAAUGAGAACAAGUAAAGCAGAGCCAGAAGAAGAAGCCAGUUAAGGCCUGAGCUCACCCCUCAAGGUCAGUCUGUACACAUCUACCUCCCCCUACUCCCCCACUUUGACAUGGGAAACAAGGAGAGGACAGAGAGGAAACCGGAGAGUCAGGGAUGUUCAAAAGAGGACAGGGAAAGCAGAGCCAAGUCAUGAAGCCUGGUUGGGUCAGAGAUCAGAUCUGCCAUGUUGGGCUGCAUGCUCGAGCUCCGCUUACUCCCACAUCCAACAUGAGAUGAGAGAAGAGCAGAGAGACAGAUAAAAAAGAGGUAAACAGCUUCUCCGAGUCAUUUGAUAGUUACAGUGAACCCUCUUCAUCAUACCUCUACUGGACCAACACUUACUUUAAAUUCUUGCUGUUCAGCUUCUUCUCCCAGCCAUACACAUCUCAGCCUUUUUUCAAUAAGUACAAUGAUAACCUUCUGUGGGCUGGUCUACUUUAGUGCACCACAGGCCUCAGGUGAGUGAAAAUUAACUGCUGUGGAAUAACAAGUUUUUUUUUCCCUGUGUAUCAAUCCUGUUUCUUGUUUCUCUGUGUAUCUCUAGGAACAAUACCAUUUUUUGAAAGCUAAGUUGAGUACUACAAACAGACUAUAAUUUAAUGUACUGCCAUUUAACAGUGGUGCAGGUACACUCCUGACUCUGACCUUUUGGGCCAUGAUUUGACCUUUGGUGACAUGUCUCUAAUCGUGUAACCACACAUAUGUAUUAUUGUAAUUGUUGGUCUCUGUCCAUCUCUCUCUUUUCUGCUUUUCCCUCUAUCCCCUCUCUAAACCCACUGCAGUAGGAGCAGAUAACUGUCAUACAUGGGUCUGAUUCUGCUCAAAGCUUAACCCAUCAUCACAUUGGGUCUGUGUAAAUAUCAUGAAGAGUAGAGUCUAGACCAGCUCUUCUUGUUAAGCUUCAUGAGAUAAUAUUUGUAUUAAAUUGGUGUGAUAUAGAUAAAGAUUAAUUCAUUGAUUUAUUGAUUGAUCUCAGUAGCAGGUGAAUCAAAUUGCAAUGAAAUACAGUAUGAAUAUUCAUAUUGUCCAAACACAAAGCCUUGGGACUGUAGAGCUGAAAAAGUGGAAAACUCUCAGUGUCACGUGUGUUGUGUGCCACUGGGAUAAUGAUGCCUUGUUUACUUCAGGAUACAGCCUGUACAGGGAGGGACCACUGAGGGUGACAGACAGUGAGCAGGAAUGACAACAGUGCUUUAAGAGAGGUUAAAUUUGCUGUUACUUUGCCUGUAUCCUGGUCACUUAUGUGAAGUCAUCUGUGGACAGCACUUGCUCUGAACUCUUCAAAGACGAUCACCAGUCCUUGGAAACCUGAGGCUAAGAGGUUUGGCACAGCAAUGAAUAUUGGGAAAUGACUUUAUGUAAAUGAUUAUUUUAGAAUGAAUGCAGGUUUGCCUUUAUCUUUUUCUCUUUCAAAAUCAUUAUCACAGUUCGACAUUUUUCACUGCUUUAACAGCUACCUGCUGAGGAGAGUGAUGGCAAAUAACACCUUGCUGGAUGGUGCUGGGUUCUCUCUUCAGUUAUUUACGUACACCUUUGUUAUUAUUGUGCAGAUUGUGGUUGUCAUUUUUCUCUGCAUUAACAUUUUCUUAAUUGUAACAUUUUUCCAGAGGGAGUGCUUUAACACAACUGCACGCUACAUCUUAUUUGCUGUUACCUUACACACAGAUAGUCUGAUUUUAAUCAUCAGUGAUUUCCUGCUUGUCUUGUCAUAUUUUAGAGUCACAAUGCCAAUAUGGGUUUGUAUGAUCAUCCUUUCUAUGAUACUUCUGUGGGUUGUUGUCACACCAGUUACUUUGACAGCCAUGACCCUGGAGCGUUAUGUGGCCAUCUGCAUGCCCCUGCGUCAUGAAGAGCUCUGCUCCAUGCACAGAACUUUGUUCUGCAUCUUCAUCAUACAGGGUCUCAGCACAGUUCCCUGCUUGGUUCAUCUCUUAGUCAUCUUAUCCUCAACACCUCUCAGCUUUUACUUUCAAUACAAAGUAUGUAACAUGCCAAAAAUCACUGUGCAUUAUUGGCAGCAGCAUGUCCACUCAGCUGUGUAUCAGUUUUAUUUCUUGAUCAUGAGUAUCAUCAUUGUAUUCUGUUAUGUAAAGAUAAUAAAAGUAGCCAAAGUGGUAUCAGGAAAUAACAAAGAGUCAACACAGAAAGGUCUAAGAACAGUUAUUUUACAUGCCUUCCAGCUGCUGCUCUGUCUGAUGCAGCUUUGGUUCCCCCUCAUAGAAGCUAAUAUUCGUAUAAAUGAUUUUACAGUACUUGCAAACUUGAAGUGUUUUACUUAUGUUUUUUUUAUUCUCACUCCCAGAUGUCUUAGUCCUCUAAUCUACGGCCUCAGGGAUGACACUUUUUUUCGUGCUCUGAAAUGUAAUCUCUUUUGUGGCUUAUACAAGAAAUCACCAGCUUUUAAAUGAUGAAUUCAACGCACAGUUAUCAAUGACUUCUUUAGUUGUGGGCUUAAAUAUCAGUGACAUUUUCAUUUUAAUUUCUCUGGUGCUUAAUAUAUAACUGCAAUCAACUUUUUCCUUUUUUGCUGAAAAUAUGUCAAAGUCAGACCAGUAGUGAGUAAGAAAUCAUAAUGGUAGUUCUUAAUUCUUAACAGCUGCUGAUGUUGCUUUGACUAUCAAUAGCUCACCUGGUUUCUUGUUUUAGGAUGAACUGUGAUUGCUUUAAGAGCGACACUGAACGCAUCAUGAUUUUUUCAGAUGACUGACUGUGCUUCUUUUUUCAGUCUUAUCUUCAGUUUAAUGUAUACUAAUGUAUGAGUUGACUCUGAAAACAAUGGACAACUUGUAAAUGUUAUCAAUUAAAUGAAUUUUAUAAAAAUAUUAAAGUUGUAAGAGCUUUUUGUCAUUGCUGAGUUCAAGUGAAUGUACACUCUAAUUGAAAGGUUUUAUAUAAAAAAAAAAGGACAGAGAGGAGGGAUAAAAAAAGCAAGUGUCUGUUUGCCUCAGUCUUCUCUAAGAUAAGCCUCCUGCACCUCAUGCUCCUCACUAUCUCAUCUGAAAGCAGAGUAUUCAGCCAUUCUUUGGAUCUCCUCCACCUUGGUCUCGGCCAGCUUCUUAUCUGCAUCUGCUGACAGUUACGAGCCUCCUCGACCUGUGACUGGGCCACCUGGAUGUUUGCCCUCACUGCGAUGGACGCAUGUUCAUCUCAAGGAGACACAAAAACAUUGAUUGUAACAAAAUGCUGCUCAAAUUCAACAAUCAACAAGACAGCAGAUUAGGCUUGUUUUAAAUCAUGUGUUUCAGCACUUCAUCCAGCCUUAAAACUACAGAUUCACUUCAUCACACAUUUUAUUAACCUGAUUUAUGAGCUGCCUUGGCUGUCACUUGUAUUGUACUUUUUAUAAUGAGUAUUUGUUAUUAACAAAAACCAUCAUCAGCUGGCUUGUAAUACGUACUGACAGAGAAAAACAAAAUCGUCACUGUAAAAUCUGACUAAAGAGAUUGGAUGUCAUGACUCAUUCAUUGACAUCAAAUGAAAGCUGAAGGUUUUCAGAUACAUACUAUCACAGCUAUGUGAUACCUCUUUCUUAAAACACAGACAUUUAAAUAUUUACGAAAAUAUAAUCAGAUACUUUCAAGAUUCUAUUAUAAUGACAUAAUUUUAUAAUCAAGGCUAGAAAACUUUAGAAGAAAGUCUGUAAACUUGAACUAUCUGGCCUACACAGGCAUGAGACACUCAAAGUUAAAUUUCAUCAUCCAUGGGUAAAAAGUUCUUGGUGUGAUGUCUUGUCUUGUGUAACUUUGAUGCAAUAAUGACCAUAACAAGUUCACUGUCUGUAUUCCUGUGUGACAAAACAAACUCCAGUGAAACCAAUUUAAGCUGCUGUUUAAUGGCUUCAUUAAUUAUGCAAUAAAUUAUUGACUGAUCUCAGAAACAGGUGAAACAAAUUGCAAUGAAAUACAGUAUGAAUAUUCAUAUUGUCCAAACACAAAGCCUUGAGCCUGCAGAGCUGAAAAAGUGGAAAACUCUCAGUGUCACGUGUGUUGUGUGCCACUGGGAUAAUGAUGUCUUGUUUACUUCACGAUACAGCCUGUACAGGGAGGGACCACUGAGGGUGACAGACAGUGAGCAGGAAUGACAACAGUGCUUUAAGAGAGGUUAAAUUUGCUGUUACUUUGCCUGUAUCCUGGUCACUCAUGUGAAGUCAUCUGUGGACAGCACUUGCUCUGAACUCUUCAAAGAUGAUCACCAGUCCUUGGAAACCUGAGGUACAGUGGUUUGGCAUAGCAAUGAAUAUUGGUAAAUGACUUUAUGUAAAUGAUUAUCUUAGAAUGAAUGCAGGUUUGUCUUUAUCUUUUUCUCUUUCAAAAUCAUUAUCACAGUUUGUCAUUUUGCACUGCUUUAACAGCUACCUGCUGAGGAGAGUGAUGGCAAAUAACACCUUGAUGAAUGGUGCUGGGUUGACUCUUCAGCUAUUCACAGACCGUUUUGUUAUUAUUGUGCAGAUUGUGGUGGUCAUUUUUCUCAGCAUUAACAUUUUCUUAAUUGUAACAUUUUUCCAGAGGGAGUGCUUUAACACAACUGCACGCUACAUCUUAUUUGCUGUUACCUUACACUCAGAUAGUCUGAUUUUAAUCAUCAGUGAUAUCCUGCUUGUCUUGUUAUAUUUAAAAGUCACAUUGCCAAUAUGGGUUUGUAUGAUCAUCCUUUCUAUGAUACUUCUGUGGGUUGUUGUCACACCAGUUACUUUGACAGCAAUGGUCCUGGAGCGUUAUGUGGCCAUCUGCAUGCCCCUGCGUCAUGAAGAGCUCUGCUCCAUGCGCAGAACUUUGUGCUGCAUCUUCAUCAUACAGGGUCUCAGCACAGUUCCCUGCUUGGUUGUUCUCUUUGUCAUCUUUUCCUCAACACCUGUCAGCUUUUACUAUGAAUACAAUAUAUGUGUCUUGCCAAAAAUCACUGUGCAUUAUUGGCAGCAGCAUGUCCACUCAGCUGUGUAUCAGUUUUAUUUCUUGAUUAUGAGUGUCAUCAUUGUAUUCUGCUAUGUUAAAAUAAUGAAAGUGGCCAAAGUGGCAUCAGGAGAUAACAAAGAGUCAACACAGAAAGGUCUAAGAACAGUCAUUUUACAUGCCUUCCAGCUGCUGCUCUGUCUGAUGCAGCUUUGGAUACCCCUCAUAGAAGCUAAUCUCCAUAUUCCUGAUACUGUAGUACUUGGAAACCUGAGGAUUUUUACUUUUGUGUUUUUUAUUCUAGCUCCAAGAUGUCUCAGUCCUCUAAUCUACGGCCUCAGGGAUGAAGCCUUUUUUCGUGCUCUGAAAUUUAAUCUCUUUUGUGGCUUAUACAAGGAAUCACCAGCUUUUUAA